AUGCCAGACGCUCCUUUCACCUUUCUGCCUCUCGGAGCCACGAUCCAGUCUGUCAAGGUCAAGGGCAUCAACAUCGUCCUCGGCUUCCCUACGCAAGACCAAUAUGUAAAGCAUAACACGCCGUACUUUGGAGAGACCAUCGGUCGUGUGGCCAACCGCAUCAAAGAUGGAAAGAUUGACGACCUCAACGGUGCCGCCUACACGCUCGCCGUCAACAAUGGGCCCAACAGUCUGCACGGUGGCAUCGUCGGUUGGGGCAAACGCAUCUGGGACGGCCCGGGGCCGGUGGGCACCAGACAGAUACCGGGCAUCGACGGUCUCGAAGGUGGGGAGAGCGUCACCUUCACCCUCGUGAGUGAGGACGGCGAUGAAGGCUUCCCCGGGACGGUCGAAGCCCGCGUCACCUACACGACUGGGACCCAGCGUCUUCAUGGCCAGGAGGCCAUCGUCUUGGGCAUCGAAUACGAGGCCUCGCUCGUCGGAGGCGCGGACGAGACCGUGAUCAACAUGACGAAUCACUCGUACUUUAACCUCACGGGUGAUGACACCAUCGAUGGCACCGUCGUCACACUCGGCACCAACAACCACCUCCCCGUCGAUGCCAGCCUCAUCCCCACCGGCCGGCCCGUACCGUACGCGGCCGUCGAGACGACGAAGCCCUUUGUCCUCACGACGACGGAGCCUAGCGUCGACAACUGCUUCGUCGACGGCACCGAGCCCUCUUCCGUACCCAUCGACACACGCGCCCGUUCGCUGGCUCUCCACCUCUCGGCCCACCACCCCAAGACAGGAAUCCAUCUCGAAGUUCUCAGCACCGAGCCUGCCUUUCAGUUCUAUACGGGCGACUACACCGACGUUCCAGCCGUCGAGGGCGCGCCGCGGAGGGGGCCCCGCAGCGGCUUCUGCUGUGAGCCGGGCAGGUUCGUGAACGCGUGCAACGUGCCCGAGUGGAGAGACAUGACGAGGCUGAAGAAGGGAGAAAAGUAUGGUGCGAGGAUUGUGUACAGAGUAUGGGCCGACUGA